GGGCUGAAAAAUCGCCGCUGCACAUUCUUCAGCUUUAAAUCGUGUGUUGUGGUGUUUUGUAUGUUGUGGUUCAUGUCAACAACAACAGAAACUUCAUGAUGUUUAUAUUGAAAGCUUGUGUACUUGCUCAAUAAUGUUGUCUUAUAGCGUGUGCCAAGAUAGGGACCAAACUCUUUUGAUAUUCCCACAGCAUUUUGACUGUUCUAUAGUUUAGACAGGUCUGUUUAAAAAUGGCGACAUUAAAGGGAUUAUUUGAGCCAAAACCCCGUUGUCAAAGGAAUUUCCUUUUAGAGAACAAGAGAGAUGUUAAGGCCAAAUCAACUUCCAAUAGAGAGAGAAACAAUAUUUCUACUAAUUAUGUUCCACAGAAUUUAAGAGCUUCCAUACGUCCAUUACCUGCACGAUCAGCUUCUUUUGAAAGGCCUAAACUUUCUGGUUGUCAGAAAAACAACCCGAAGCCUCUUCAUCGUUCUAAGCCGGAUUUAAAUACAAAACUAUCUGACAAUCUGUCUCUUGAAUUAAUGGAACGUCAUCUGUCCAGGGACAUUAAAACUGGUCAAGCAGCUCAUUACAUUCACCAAGAAAAUGUGCCUUUUCAAUGGACAGAAGUUUGCCCAUCUUUGAUUUCACAUAACAUAUGUCAUCAAAGUGUACAAACAGAAGAAAAUAGUUGUGGAAAUCUUUCAAAACGGUUAGAACAUUUUUCCCAUGAUGGCAUAUCCACAGCUGAAUGUGACAGUGAAAACAACCAUCCGUCCAAUAUAUCAAAUGCCUCUGGAGGUAACUCGCAAACAACUUCCAAUACUGAUAAAAACAGGUGCCCUAAGGCCACAUUUGUCAAAACAGAGUCAGAUAACAACAAUCAUCAAGAAGGGCCAGAAGUUGACUCCAAAACCUUCUCUUUAGUAGAGGAUAUUAAAGACAUAAAUAAAAAAAAAAUAUCCAAGAAACUAGCUUCUAAAGAGGAUGCAAUCAGUGUAGCUCAUUCCGACAAAGUUCGUCUCAACCAUAGUCUGAACCAUUCUACUAGUGGAAUAGCAUCUUGUGUGGUAUCUGAUCUUGAAAGUGCUACAGCUACAACUUCAAGAAAAUUGACCAGUGUGACAAAAACUUCUUCUCAUGCUCAAUACCCUUCUUCUUACCAGAAGGGAGAAAUCCCUAAGUACCUGUGUAAAAGAAAGACUGAACAGGCUUUAGCAUCAGCUCGUGCCAAAGAAAUUGAUCCAAGUUGUCCACCAGGUCAUGUAGCUAUGCCCGAUGCUGAACGGAGAGAAACACUGGAUAUGAUUUUAAAAAAUUAUAAUAAACUUAUAACCGAAUUAAAUAAAAUACCUGUUCGGACUGAUACCCUUAAAAUGAAGCAAAGGAAGAUAGAAAUUGAAAAACAGCUUGAUAAAUUAGAAGAAGGGAUUAGAAUAUUUUCCAGGUCAAAAGUCUAUGUGAAAGUUGAUGCAUGAACUACUUUGUGUUAUUGAUUAGAAACUAAAGACUGAUAGAUAAAUUUAUCCUUACAUUAACAAAUUUUAAUAAGAAUUUUAUGUAUAAGUAAAAAGUCUAUAGUAAUAGUUAUCAGAAGAUUUCCUUUAAGUUUUGGUAGAAGCUGUCGGUUUGUGUUUCUGGGUUGAAGUGGCAAAUGAGUAUGUAUUUCUGGUUUCACUUUUCCAUAUUACUUUUAAAAAAUGUUGUAUAUUUAAGGACUGUAACUCUUAUGUUUCUUCACUAUGGAGGGCCUUCACUGUUACAGGUUCUGUAUUGAGCACUAAUUAUAUAGGAGUCAUAGAAA